GUACAUUGAGGGAACGAAUUAGUAAAUCGUGCGCACAAUUUAUUUAUUUUUUCUUGCAUGUCAUGUGGCUCCGUAUAUUUUUGUGAAAAAAAGUGAUAUAUUUUUUCAGGGUUCUUUAUAUGAAGUAGAAAAGGUGCAGCACUCACGCUUGAAAAAUCCAGCUUUAUUUGUUAAAAUACAUGUGACGCUUCAGCCAGUAUCCAGACCUGUCUGAUAAAAGCUGAAACGUCACAUUUAUUUUUGAUUUUUGGUUGCACCUCCUCUUUGGAUGGCAGAGCACCUCUUUUCAGUAAAAAUUAUUUAUUUGAAGUGCAAUAUUCUUGUAAUAAAGAUGUCUCUAUUUAAGAUGUCUCUAUUCUCACUUUUGAUCAGUUUAAUGCAUCCUUGCUAAAUAAAAGUAUUAAUUUAAAAAAAAUCUUUCUUAUCCCAAACACUUGAACAGUAAUGUCAUUUGUCUAUUAAUUUCUACAGAGAAGAGCCUAUUUGACUAGUGCACUAGUUUUAGGAAUGCUGUACUUCCUGUGCUGCCUCGUGCUUUUUCUUGGAGUGAAGGAGCAGUUGGCCCCUCUGAGUAAACUGGACCGCAUAAAUGUCCCCUAUCUAACUGCUAUAAAGAUGAUUGUGGGCCAUACUCCAUAUGUGCGGCUUGUAUUUGGCUUCCUAUUUGCUUCAUUAGCCUUCCAGGGAAAUUUUGCCCUCUUCUGCACUCACGCAACAAAAAUGGGAGCAUAUUUCCAGCAUCUUGUUCUCAUAUUAUUGACAGCAGCCACAAUAUCCAUCCCAGUGUGGCAAACAGUGUUAGUCACAAUAGGCAAGAAGAACACCAUAUUCAUCGGCCUAUCAUUUUAUAUCCCAGCCCUAAUUGUGAUAUCCCUAGUGAAAAGUAGCUUACCUGCCUUCAUUAUGAUGUCCAUGUUAGCUGGCACGAGUCUGGCAGCCUUCUUUCUACUCCCUUGGUCAAUGUUGCCAGAUGUAGUGGAUGACUUUAAAGUCAAGAACCCAUCAUGCCAGGAUCUAGAACCAUUGUUCUACUCCUGCUAUGGUUUCUUCAGCAAAUUCGGAGGAGGCAUGUCUGUUGGAGUCUCUACAUUAGUAUUAUAUUUUGUAGGAUACAAGCCUGGUGCUUGUAAACACAAUCCAGAGGUCAUAUACUCGCUGCGGGUGCUCUUUGCUCCUGUGCCAAUCUGCCUGCUGCUCAUCAGCUUGGUCAUUUUUUGCUUCUAUCCCAUCAAUGAAGAGCGGCGACAGAGUAUCCAAGAGGCAUUAAGGAAAGCAGGGACAGAGACCGGCUUGAAAAGAGAAGAAGAACUAAGCCUAUGAAGUAAUGAGUGGCUUUCACUACUUUUGUAACUGCUGAACUGUUGAUCAUGAACAUGCUCUGUUUUCACAUCAGAGUAAAUACUUUUUUAUCGUGCAUUGUGAAUAUUUUUUAAUCCUGCUCCAGGGGGCCCCAACCUUAUUUAGGAGUCUCACUAAUCAUACACACUUAUUUUAGGUCAGAGAGAUCUCUGCUAAUGAGCUGAAUCUCUACUUAAGAGAUGAAUAAAAGAGACAUCAAAAACAUGCAUUGCUGUGGGACCCUCAGGACUAGAAUUGAAAAAUAUAAGUGCACUUAAAGGUGCAGUGUGUAAUUUCUGCACCAUAUACAGACAGAUAAUUCUGCCUCAAACCCAUAUUAAGCUGAUGUUGCUGUGUCAAAAGUGUUUCUAUCAACCAAUGAAUAAAUGGCUUACUGAUAA